AUGACAAAUACAAAUAUUCUUUCGACAAAUAAAAGUUAUAUUUGUGCUAAUUGUAAUCAAAUUAUUAAUGAUCGAUAUAUGCUUCAAGCUUUAGAUAAAAUGUGGCAUGAAGAUUGUUUAAAAUGUGCUUGUUGUGAUUGUCGUUUAGGUGAAACAGGUUCAACAUUAUAUUUAAAAGCUAAUUUAAUACUAUGUAAACGUGAUUAUUUACGUUUAUUUGGUAUGACUGGUCAUUGUGCAAGUUGUCAAAGACUCAUUCCAGCAUUUGAUUUAGUAAUGCGUUGUGGAGAACUUGUUUAUCAUUUAAAUUGUUUUUCAUGUUAUGAAUGUCAACAAAAAUUUUGUGUUGGUGAUCGAUAUUUCUUAUAUAAUAAUCAAAUCUUAUGUGAAGAUGAUCAUGAACGAACAAGAAAAGCUUUAUUAUCUUCUUCUACGGAUUCUUCACUUUAUUCAAAGUAA